AUGGCACACUUCGGCAGUGCCGCCAUCAUCAUCAUCGCCAUCACCUCGAAGCAAUCGGCAGUGCGCGCCAACGUCGACCGGAUACGCCGCGCUAGAAUGAUGGGACAUCAUUGCAAGCUGGCCGCAGUCGUGGUGCUGUGUUGCGCCGUGCUCGUUCCGGCUCGGGCUUCGACGAGCUUGGCCAAACGUGAAGCACCAUUGCCACCGGGUGGUAGCUAUCUGCCACCUUCAGGUGGUGCUGGUGGAGGUUAUCCAGCGGCGCAGACACCUUCUUCCAGCUACGGUGCUCCGGGUGGUGGUGCUGGAGGAUGGAGUGGUAACGGUAAUGGCCGAGGACCUUCGUCGGGUGGUCCUUCGCAGUCGUACGGAGCUCCUUCGGCUCCAUCGCAGUCCUAUGGAGCUCCUUCAGCUCCGUCCCAGUCAUAUGGAGCUCCUUCGGCGCCAUCUCAGUCGUACGGUGCACCAAGCUUCGGUGGCCAGAGUUCGGGAGGAUUUGGUGGACACAGCUCGGGUGGACACUCGGGUGGAAAUGGCGGCAAUGGCUACUCAAGCGGACGUCCUUCGAGCCAGUAUGGUCCUCCGCAACAGCAGCAACAGCAAUCUUUCCGUCCACCAUCGACGAGCUACGGUGUUCCGGCAGCGCCAUCCCAAUCGUAUGGUACGCCAUCUCAGCAGUCUGGUAAUGGCUAUUCCAGUGGUCGUCCUUCAUCUCAGUACGGUGCGCCAUCGCAAUCGAACGGAAACGGAUUCGGUAGCCGCCCUUCGACCAGCUACGGUGCCCCAAGCCGUCCGUCGACCCAAUAUGGUGCUCCUUCCAACGGAAACGGUAACGGAUAUGCUGGAAACGGAAACGGACAUAGCUUCGGCAACGGAAAUGGACAUGGAAAUGGUCACAGCAACGGCAACGGCAACAAUGGCUACUCUCGUGGACCAGCUCGUCAACCGUCGCAGCAGUACGGAGCUCCGCAGGCUCCUUCUCAGCAGUACGGAGCUCCUUCUCAGCAGGCUCCUUCUCAGCAGUAUGGAGCCCCAGCUCAGGCACCUUCUCAGCAGUAUGGAGCUCCGGCUCAGGCACCUUCCCAACAAUAUGGAGCUCCAGCUCAGGCACCUUCCCAACAAUAUGGAGCUCCAGCUCAGGCACCUUCCCAGCAAUAUGGAGCUCCAGCUCAGGCUCCGUCGCAGCAGUAUGGAGCCCCAGCACAGGCUCCAUCUCGGCAGUAUGGUCCUCCAGCUCAGGCUCCAUCCAGCCAGUAUGGCGCUCCUGCUCCGUCUCGUCCCUCGUCGCAAUACGGACCUCCGGCCCAAGCUCCAUCUUCGCAGUACGGACCACCAGCUCAGGCUCCUCGUCAGCCAUCUCAACAGUACGGAGCUCCAGCCCAAACCCCAUCCAGCCAGUAUGGAGCCCCAGCCCAAGCUCCUUCGAGCCAGUAUGGAGCACCUGCUCAGACUCCUUCCAGCCAGUAUGGAGCACCUGCUCAGACUCCCUCUAGCCAGUACGGAGCACCGAGCUUCGGUUCGACCGGUGGUUCUUCGUUCGGCGGACCAGGUUCCGUCGGAGGAAGCUACCAGGUAAGCUCGAGCGGUAACGGAUUCUCGCAGGCAUCCUUCUCGGCCAGCAGCUUCUCUUCGAACGGUCGUACGUCACAGUCGGCUGGAGGCUUCAGCUCCGGUGGUCCGUCUCAUUCCGCCGGUGGCUUCAGCUCUGGUGGUCCGUCGCAGGUUCCAGCAACCAUCCCGCAAGGAUACUCGUCCAACGGAGGCUACAACUACUAA